AUGUCAACAGAAGUUCCUCCAGUAAACCCACCGAAUGUUAUUUCUAUUGACAAACCCGUUCUUACACCCAAACAAGAACAAGAAAAAUGGCUUGGCGAAGCCAUACAAGCUGUUCGUGAAAAAUCCGCCUGUAUGCAAGCAUAUAUUCGACAGCGGGAUUUUAUUUACGUACUUCGCACGGCAUCUCAAAUGCUUGCAGAGCUGCGAACGGGCAUGUUAGCCCCGCAGUAUUACUAUGAAUUGUAUGUAAAGGUGUUUGAUGAGAUGCAGCAACUUGAACAGUACUUUGAGGAGGAACACAAACGUGGUCGAUCUCUGGAAGAAAUGUAUGAAGUGGUUCAACAUGCAGGAAGUAUUCUACCACGUUUAUAUCUUCUUAUUACGGUGGGUUCUGUGUAUAUUAAAUCUGGUGAGGAACCCGCUAUUGAGAUAUUACGGGAUUUGGUAGAGAUGUGUAAAGGCGUUCAACACCCAACGCGGGGUUUAUUUCUCCGUCACUUUCUUCUCACAAUGAUGAAGAAUAAAUUACCGGGUGAUGUCAACCGCACAGUGCCCAGCAGUGUGGAGGGCGAUGGUGGGACGGUGGAGGACACCGCAGAACUCAUUCUGCAGAACUUUAGAGAAAUGAAUUGGUUGUGGAUUCGCAUGGAGGCAAAAGGGCCAAUGACAGCAGAACAAAAACAACAACAACAAAGAUAUCAUCAACCGGCUACUGUGGUCCAACGCAAACAUAGGGAGCGUAAGGAACUUUGUGUACUUGUUGGAAUGAACAUUGUACGGCUUUCACAGUUGGAGGGAGUGGAUCGACAAGCCUAUAAAAGUACUAUUCUUCCUCGGCUUCUCAACAUUAUCGUCAGUUAUAGAGAGCCAUUAGCCCAACAGUAUUUAUUGGAGGUUAUUGUUCAAGUAUUUCCAGAUGAAUUUCAUCUCUUCACAUUGGAGGAACUUCUUAACACACUAGAGAAUGUAUUAUGGAGUGUGGAUGUGUGUGCGAUAUUGGGUUCCUUAAUGGAGCGGCUUGGGAACUAUGCGGUAUCUUUACGUGAGGGAAUUGCAGAGGCGGGAAGCCGCAAGGAAGAGAAAUUACUUCAUCGAAUGUUUGAUAUCUUUAAGACUCGAUUGGAUGCGAUGCUCACACCGCGGGAAGAGGGAAAAGGCAUAUCUACACUAACACCACCCAUACCAUCUCUACUGGAAGCCGCAGUCUCAGUAACAGCCGCAGAAACAGUGGUGGGGAAUAAUAGAAGUAAUGGUAAUAACAACCAUAGUAGUAAUAGUAAUAGUAAUAGUAACACUAAUAAGAACAACAACAAUAACAACAACAAUCAUCAACAUCAUCCUUUUCCACUUAUAUCAUAUGUGAAGUCCAUGUUAAGUCUUAUUCAGCUUUCAUUUAAAGCAGAUCCAGAGGCGGCGGUAACACAUAUUGGUAUUGUAUUAACCAGUAUUACUGAACAGGUGACAACACCACCAAAGGAGGCGGUGGUGCGAAUAAUAGAACGUAUCAUUGUAUACGUCAUUCAAACACUAAAAGAUCCCAGUGUGGUAUUGGAUCUCCCCAGUAUUGAUAUCCUCACAUUGAAAUUGCCAUUCACUUCACGCCGUACAGUGGCCCUCACACUUUGUACAACAUGUGUUCAAUCUGUAUCGUAUCGUAUUACCACUCUUGAGAUGGCGGCACGUUUCUUUGAACUCAUUGCCCCACUUGUAAAGGAUGAACCGGAUACUCCUGUCAAUCGCAGUGAAUUGUAUAUGAGUAGUGAUCCCACUGCAGAGUUUAUUGAGGAACAACACCUUGUCUGUCGUGUACUACAUCUAUUACACUGUGAUGAUACCGCUAUACAUAUGAAGAUGUUGAAUGGUGUACGUAAACAACUUGGUCAAGGUGGAACUGAUCGUCUUGUCGUGACUCUGCCAACAUUAGCAUCCCUCUAUAUACAGUUUGCCUUGCGGGUGGCAAAGGAAGAAGCAGAUGCGAUCCAUAAUAAUAAUAAUACUAAUAAUAAUCAUAAUAAAGAUGGAGAAGAAAAUGGAAAUGGAACUAAUGAUGAUGAUGAAGGGAAGAAUGAAGAAACAAGAAAAAAAAGUAAAACAGGUGUAUCUUGUGCGAAGGUAUUUUAUUUCAUUCACUCAGGUGAUGGAAAAGGUAUACUAGAGAUACUUGCAAUGGAGCAACCACUACAGACAUUUCAUCUCUAUCUCGCUAGUGCCAACGCGGCGGAUGCCUGUGGUCUCCCUGAUGUCGCCUAUGAAAUGUACGUGAGUGUAUUUCAACUUUACGAAGAAAAUGCUGCUGACACCACUGGACAAAUUGAAAUGAUGCAUUGUCUCAUCUCCUCCCUCUACACACUUUCUCAAAUGCCAGAGGAGAGUUAUGAGUUACUCGCAACAAAGGUUUGUCAGUAUAGUUCUAAACUUGUACGUAAGAGUGAUCAAAGCAGUGUGGUGGCUCUCUGUGCCCAUCUCUUCUGGAAACACACCCUCUCCUCAGAGAGUCAUCAACGUGUGUUGGAGUGUCUAAAGCGGGCUUUAAAGAUUGCCGAUAGCACACAAGCAUCCCAACAGUUACCACUAUUUGUGGAAUUAUUAAAUCAGGUCUUACACUACUAUGCCGGUAACGCACCUGGGGUAACGGUGAAGUAUAUUACAGCUCUCAUUGAUCUCGUGCAGGAGGCAAGCAAUACGAAAGAUGCAGCGAAUGGGGAUGGGGAGGCUAGUAGUAGUAGUAAUAUUAAUAUUAAUAUUAUUCAUAGUAAUAAUAAUAGUAAUAAUAGUACAGAGAAUGGAGUAAAUGAGGUGUACAAUGCGGCCCGUACGUUUUAUCGCAACACAACGCGGUACAUUCGCUCGCGGCAGCAAGUGGAUGAACGCUGGAAAGAAAUUGAUGUGUAA